UUACACCAUUGGGUCAGGAAACGAGUCCCCAGCUUCUUUGAUAGAAAGCCAUUGAAGCUCUCUCUCUCUAGAGAAUUGUUACUAUUAGAUUGCCACUCUCUUAUGGUAAAGCAACAAAAUGGGAGAGUUGUGAUGCAGUUUUAGUUACCUAUUCAUCAAUAACUGAGGUUUCAUGGAAUCAUCUGCAAUUUAAAGCUUCUUUGACGGGCAACUUCACUCCACAUGAGCCUUCACGGUGUCCCCACGCAAGAUUGAGCGACUGAACCAGAUAUCCACGCCAUUCAUUCAAAUCAGUGCAAUACUACCAAAAUAUUCAAAGGCAUGACCAUUUGAAAAUAAUGCCGAAAGAUGCAGUUUUUUAGAAAAAUGUAUCUUAGAUUCGGAACUUACGUUGGAAGAUGCUUGAAGUAAAAGCGGUCCCUAAUUGGAUUUAGAGAGAGAUGGGGUGUCACAGGAAAGGAUUCGGCACAAUCGGUAUUUUGGUAAUUUGGUGGGCGGCAUGUUUACAAGUAAAUUCUGUGCAUGGAACGAUAGCAAGCCGAAAGAACCAAGCUCAAUUGGGUUUGGAUGCCAAGUCACCUUCUCCUACCCCAGGCAUGGAUGUGGUGGAGCAGCCGUACCCAUAUGAACCAAAUGACUACUUCGUUAAGAUCGUGCGGGUCGAUCCUCUUGAUAAGUUUAAGAAAUAUAGAGGAGACUACAACUUUACAAAUCCCCACUAUUGGAGUUCCACUAUUUUUACAGGGAUUCCUGGUUAUGCAAUUGGUGCAGCUUGGUUUUUUGUUGGCCUUGUUUAUGCUGGCUUUCUUGUUUACCAGCACUACACUAAGAGAAAUGAGAAAGAACCGAAGGGGUUGCCUUACAUGUGUAGAUCACACGUUUGGUCACUGGCCUUGGGGUUGGUCCUCACCAUUCUUAUCAUAACUCUAUCCUCUGUAGUUCUUGCUGCUAACACCAAGUUCUAUACUAGAGCUAAGGUGGUGAAGAACACAUUAGUUUCAGCAACUGAAGAAGCCACCAAAACCAUUUACAAUGUAACUGAUGCCAUAGAAGACAUGCAAAAGCAAGUGCAAGCUGAUGUCGAGACUGAAUCCGACCGCGAUCUAAACUCGACUUCGGAAAAGCUCAAAACAACAGCUUCAGACCUAAGGGACCAAGCACACAAGAACCAACAUUUGAUUGAGAAGGGACUCAGAUUAUUGUUUGUAUCCACCAUCUGUUUAGUAUCAGUGAACCUCGCCCUAGUUCUUGUAUUACCAGUUUUUUCAGCCAUCCGAUGUCGCCGAACUUUUUUAUCGGUGAUUUUCAUCUGCUGGUUCCUCACUGUCCUCUUAUGGCUGUAUUUCGGUGCAUAUUACUUCAUCAAUAAAUUUGCCGAAGACUCGUGCUCAGGACUAGAGGAAUUCCGGCAACACCCACAUAACAGCAGCUUGGGCUCAGUGCUGCCCUGCGAUGACCUUGAAUCAGCUGAGGGCAUCUUGCUAGAGACUAGAGAGGGACUCCAUGGUUUCAUAAACCAGGUGAACAAGAACAUAUCUAUGCUGAGAAGGUUUUCUUCAUCUCAAGGGGCUUGGCAUGUGUGUAAUCCUUUCACAGGCCCACCUCAAUAUCACUACCAUCCCCAAAAAUGUUCCGCCGAUGCAAUUCAGAUUGGUGACAUCCCUCAACUCCUAAAUCGAUUCACAAGUACUGAACACAGUUCCGGCCUCGAAUCAGGCAACGACCAAGGCAAGAAAAGCAUAUACGAGAGAGAUAUGAAAAUGGCCAUCGUCUACACACGCUCGAUACAAAGCAUCAUCAAUGCAUUCCCAAACAUGGAGACCCUGGUGAACUGCUCUUUCCUCGAGCACACUUUCUCCACCAUCUCCAUCGACGAAUGUCCACCUCUAAGGAGAUCGGUUCGAGCCUUGUGGUCAUCCAUGGCUUGUCUCUCUACAUUCAUGGUUGUACUCCUUUUGGUAUGGGUAGCAAUAGCUCAUCAAGACCAGAGAGAAUUCUCACAUAACUUCAUAGUACCCCAUUUAUCACCUCUCGGAUCUCCGAAGCUGGAGCUCCGAGGAGAACCCUAGCUUUCAAAUACUGAGCGAGUGAGAGAGAGAGAUUGAUUUACAAAAAAAAAAAAGGAAGUAGACCCUAGAAA